GUGCAUGCAUGCAAAGGCCAGGAAGAAAUCAUUUUGGAUUCGUUGCUUCUUCUUGUUCUGCUCCUUGCCAGUGUCAGUGAGAUAUCUAAUCUUCUAGACUUGGAGUGACAAGCGAUUCCAUUCGCCAAGCACCAAAGCUGAAACUAGUCCUGGCACAUCGCCCUAACAUCAAGUCAGUAGCCACUGGGAACUGAACUGGACUGCCAAUCGUCGCGUUAUGGAAGUCCCCAAUCCAAGUGGGCCUAGAGCCGAGCUCCAGGCGACUCUGCAUGACUGUAUUGACAAAUCUCUGAAGCAGCUUUCGACAAUCUGGCACGACAUCGGAUUGUCUGAAAAUCAACAAUGCGAUCGUACCAAAGUUGUACUUGAGCAUGUACAGGGAUUGCUGGAGGAUAUGAGCACCGAGGAAGAAGAAUGCCGCUCCAAGCUGAAAGAGAAUGUGAAGACACUUCGGGACGAGUAUAAACAGUUGUGCUUGCAACUGUCUGUUUCUGAGACGCAGCUCGACAGUGAUCUCACCCUGCUGCGCUGCGAUGAGGAACUCAGAAAGCUCACAACCGAUCAGCGAAAGGAGAAAUCACGUCGAGUUCAGCAAAUGAAGUCACUGCUGCAAGAAGAGGAAGACCUGUCGGCUGCACUCUGUCGCUCCAGUCAGCUAGCCGGCAUCAGCCAGGAGCAGGUGCCAACGCUCAAACAGCUGCAGAGCUGGUCGGAUGUGGUCAGCGAAGCCCGGCAGGACAAGGAAUCGCGAGUAGAAAAACUGCGUUCCCUGCAGCAUGCUGUACAGUCGUUAUGGCUUCAGUUGGACACCAACCCGUCCAACAGCCCCGGCUCACCGGGAUCGCUGGAGUUCCUGCUCAACACCGACAACGGCAUUGAGAAGAUGCAGCUGACCGAUCAGACAGAGCAGUCCGUCAAGGCCAUUGUCAGCAAGCUGGAAGAUGAGCUUGUUACCAUGGUCACAAGGGCAAACAGCUUGCGCUCUCAGAUAUCCUCUCUGUACAGUCGCCUAGAUGUAGCAGAAGAAGAACAAGAAGCAUUCCUGUCGCAAAACCAGGACUGCCGUCGGCCUACAGUCGUGGCGCUUGAGACUGAGCAUGCCCGACUUGAGGAGCUGAAACGUGUGCAUAUGAAUGUUUUUAUUGAACGAGUGAGGUGUGAGCUAGCUGAGCUCUGGGAUCGCUGCUUGUUUGGGAGUCAACAGAGAGAGCAGUUUGCACCGGCAUUCUCCAACGACGAAGCCACCGAGGAGCUGCUGUCAGCUCACGAGGUGGAGGCCGAGCGCCUAAAGCAAUACUUGGCCGACACCGCCCCAAUUUAUGAUCUCGUCAGCAAGCGUGAAGGACUGUGGACGCGUAUGAAGGAUCUCCUGGCAAGCGCUAACAAUCCGAAUCGCUAUGCCAACAGAGGUGGUCAGCUGCUGAAAGAGGAGAAAGCUAGAAAGGCCGUCUCCAAGGAGCUGCCAAGGGUUGAGAAGGAGAUGCAGCAGGCCAUUGAGGCCUUUGAGAAUGAGUCCAAGCAGAUCUUCACACUCCGUGACGAGCGUUACCUAGACACGGUCAGCGAGCAAUGGGAGAGCUUGCAAACCAAGAAGGAGCAGGACAAGACUAAGCGGACACAGAAGGGCAAGGAAGAUGUGCCGCCUGCCAUCGCUAUAACACCACACAAACGGCGACCAGCGACAACACCGUCAAGCAACCACCCAGCUAAGCGUAAAGUCAUAGCAACGCCGUCAGCGUCUGCUUCGCGGAAUCCUCAGCCAACGCUUUCACAGUCGAAAACACCCCUGCGAAGGCAAGUGGCAGGUAGCCAGUCGGCUCGCAAAGCAGGUGUGUCAGCGGCCGGUAAGCCGAUGAGAACACCUCUUCAGGAAAGGAACAACCCCGAAGCUAGCAUGGCACUGGCUGGUAAUAUCAACGAUGUAGCCGACUGCACAAUAGGCUCCAUCGCUGCCAUCAACUAUAAGGAGUUUGAGGAAACUGUCAGUCAUCAGGCGCGCUGCAGUAGCAUGGGCCGCCCCAACGAACUGCCCGUUCUCAACCUGAAGAGCUGAGCUGUAUCACUGUGUGUGAGAGCGCAGUACUGAGCUGCAUCGCUGUAAGAGAGCGCAGUACGAACUAAACACAACUCAAUGCAUAUGUGAUGCAGCACGCAUCUCAAUGCUGCGAAACAGGCAUAAUAUUAUUUUCCAUGAAACGCACCGUUCCGACCAAGUGUAGCCAACUCUAGAACUGCCGUUGCCAUGCUUACUCGGCUACCAACGUAUAGAACUAAAACUAAGCACCUGCCCAGUCCCCCUCCCCUAUCCCGAACCUAACUGAACUUAUCGAAUGUAACCACACAUACGUACACACACACACACAUGGGAAUCUGCUGCGUCUGACUUGCUAGCUCUCAUGUGACUAAAUAUGUGGUUCACUGAAGUAGCAUGCAGUAUACCAUACGCAGCUGUUUACGCAGAAACCGACCAAAACCGCUAGCUUCGCCGCGCUCGAACGUCUCCAAUUGGCACAAUGUGGGCUAUUGCCAUUGUUUCGCUUUGCUUGAGAUGCUUUCUUGAUAUCCGAGAUAGAGUUUAGAUUCUUAACUUUGCUCUGUGAGUCAUCGACCUGUAACCAUAGCAACCAGUAGCCAGUGCAUGCUCAGCCUAACCACUCACCACACCGCGCCUUAUGUUGGCGGAUCCCAGCCAUGCAUGCAGGGUUGCUCUGCUCGUCCUUUGACCUUUCUAUUCCCUUUACCGCCGCUGUUGUUCAGUGCAUGCUGUGUGUCUUGUUUUUUUUGUUUUUUUUAACGCCAUUAUGUUGUGCACGGUAACAUUAGCUCUACAUGUGUGUGUGUGUGUGUGUGUGUGUGUGUGUUUGUGUGUGUAUGUGUGUGUUGCAUACUUUGUGCCAUCUUGCAUUUUUCUUGUAUAUUGUUGCACCGAAAUGACUUUUAUUUCUUAGAAGUGGAGAGUUUUAUUUUGUCACUUUAGCACAGACUCAGUGUGGGUAGAGUUUGCUCCCAAACACUUCUGAGCCCUUGCACCGAACGAGUGCUUUUCCCAUCUUUCCUGCUCUGCGCUCGUUUGUUUUGCGCCAUGUUUGCUACAAUGUUAUCCUUUGCUUCGUAUUAUUGUUAUUUUUUGUGUACAUAUACUUAUGCUCAACUGA